ACUUGCCCGGAGUUGUAUGUUUUUGUCGAGAGUUUGUGGAGAGAGGGUGUCUCUUGUGUCUCGGAGUUGAAGCCAGUUGGUGUCGAGAGUGCGAGGAGGUCGAACCGCCAUCUCUAGCUUCGCGUCGGUACUUGGUCGGAGAACCGAGUUCAACGGACUUUUGUGUUUGCAGCUGACAUUUCAAAUAUCCAUCCGCCAUGUCUCGCCGACUCCAAAAGCGCCACCUAACUCCUGCGGACGAAUACCAGUGCCCGCUGUCAGAGGAGUCUCAGAAAAUAGCCCUGGACGAGCUGCGGGAGACCAGCAACGCCAGGACCCAGGCCCUGGCCGCCUUGCGGAGCUGGAUGGAGCAGAACCCCAAGUUCACGGCAAUGAGGAUGGAUGCCAGCUUCCUGCUCCGGUUCCUCCGUACGAAGAAGUUCAGCGUCCCCAUGGCGCAGGAGGCCAUCGAGCGGUACAUCCUGCUGCGCCAGUCCUGGGGCAUCGCCUUCAACCAGCUCGACUACAAACUGCCUAUUAUGAUGGAGCUCGUUGACCUUGGGUUCAUUUUUGUCAGCCCAUUCAAAGAUAAGGGAGGACGACGAGUUAUCAUUUACAGACCUGGUGUGUUCGAUCCUUACAAGUACACCAACCAGGACAUGUGUCGGGUGAUGGCGACCUGCUACGAGACUCUACUGGAAGAUGAGGAUGUUCAGGUCAGGGGUGUGGUCCACUACGCCGACGGCGCCGGGGUCAGUCUGCCCCACCUCACCUUGUUCACACCUAAAGAGGCCGUCAGAAUCAUCAAGAAUGGAGAGCGAACAAUCCCAAUGCGACACAAAGAGAUCUACGGGGCCAACGUGCACCCCACAGUCAAGUUCGCACUAGACUUCGGCAUGAGCAUGAUCUCGGAGAAGAUCCGGAAGCGAGUGAGCCUGUACACUUGCAUCAAGGACGCCGAGAUAGACCAGAGCCUGCUGCCCAAGGAGUAUGGCGGCGAGAUGCCCAUGAAGGAGAUGAUUGAACUAUGGAAAGUGGAGUUAGAAGCCAAGCGCGAGCGACUCCUAUUGAACGACAAGCUGGCAGUACGCCUCGAGAUGUACAGCGAAGCGGCGCGCGAGGGGGCGGUGUCGGCGCUGCGCAGUGGAGCCAACACAUGCGCAGGCGCAGACGCGGUGGGCGACGCCAUGCGCGGACUCACUGGCAACUUCCGGAAACUUGAAGUAGACUGAUUAUUUAAAAUUCGAAUUUAGAAUUCCAAGUACAAAAAGAAGGAUUUGAUGACGAAUUUAUUGGGGUUAGUGGCCUGCAAAAGUAUUAUGUAAUAGGCUAAGUGUUCUGUAUAGGCGUUUAUAAGACUUUCUUAGAUACUGGACUGGGCUCUAUCUACCACCUGUUAAAUCUCUUAUUAUGUUAAUGAUUAGGACUUAUGUUAAGUACUUAUCGCAUUGUUGUUUAUGAAUAAAUAAAAU